AUGGGGCAAAAUGACCCUGAUGAAAGGCUGGUUUAUCUGGCUUGCCAGCAUAUUUUCGGUGGCUCCCACUCCCACGUCCGAAGAUUAAAAGUGAUUAGGAGCUUGAUUCAAGAAAACAAGCCUUCUCUCGCAGGUAUUUUGCGGGAAUAUAAUAUCGAUCGAACUAUUAACGUCGCGAAAAAGUUGCUUGAGGAUCAAGUUUUUGACGAUACUUUGAAAGCCAAGAUACGAUUCCCGGAACUGUUUGACGUAUCACCAACUCAAAGCGCUGAGAGAGAAGCUUCAGAAGCAGAGGCUGCGAGAGGUGAAGCAAGUGCGAACCUACUUGAAGAGAGUUGUUUUGAGUUCGCUCAGCAGCAUUUCCCUCGCAUUUUGGCAAUAAAAGGCUGGGAUUGUCCUGAGGCAGUAGAACUGACAGAAUGGACGAAGCUCAUCUCUCAACAUCCUCCGCAGCCGGCGAAAGGCAUGAAUAAACCAAUCGAUGAAUUAUUUGGCCUUCUUCAUGAGUUACGACACUCUGCAGUCCACAGACUUCGAAAGACUGCGAAUGGUAUCGAACGACUUGCCGAAAAUGCACAGCUUUUUCUUGAAGCCUUGGAUGAUUUAUUUCGUUCAGAAAAGGUUUCUGUGCUUCGAAGGGACCUGAAAGGCGCAAUUGAAGAGCUCAAGCGCAAUAAGGAUCUCUUAGAAGGGAAACUACAUACGCAACUCAAGGAUAUACAAAGAAAGCGAGCCGAAUUGGAUAUGUGUGAAAAAACUGCAAUCGAAUCAAUGGGUCUCGAUGAUCAACAAUGUCAGAACGAUGUCGGUGAAGGGUUGAAUGGUGCCGUUCGAAAUUUGAUGUCAAACGAAACACAAAAUGCGAAAGGGAAGGGGAAGUUGUUUUCUAUAGACCAAGAGUUGUAUGAAUCGGAAGACGAGUUCCCCGGGGCGGAUUUAACAAUUUAUAGCCCGGAACUCGACUAG